UCUCUCUAUUAUUUUGUACUAUUAAAUACUAGGAUUAGACAUUUUAUCAGUUAAAUUUGAUUUGAUUUGUGACUCGUUUCGAUCCGAAAAUUCCGGAUAUCCGUAAACUUACGAAGCAAAUCACAAAUAUUAAAAUUUUGGGAAGCGGAUAUCCGAUCCGAUCCGGUAAUAUAUAAAUACAUGUAUAUCUUGAUUAUAUUUAAAGUUUUAAAUGUAUAAAAUCAUAUAACUAUUAUUCUAACAUAUGAUUUGAUAAAUUUUAUUCACAAUAUUACUUAUAUAAAAGUAUUACAUAAAAGGAAUAGAACACAUUUAUGACAAUUAUAAUUUGUUUCUUAAGUUUUGUGUUAUUAAAAUUGUUAACUAAGUUUAAAAAAUUUACAAAAUAUGGAGAUUCACUACUUCUUUUAAUUUUUAUUCAUAUAUCAUGCAAAAAAAAUAUUUUACAAACAAAAAUUGUAUCAAAAUUUUAAGAUUAUUUGUAUUAAUCAAAACGUAUGAGAUAUUCGUAAGUAUUCGUAAAUAUCUGCAAAUAUCUAUUUAUUUUUCGGAUAUCCGUUUUUCCGAAUAUCCGUAUUUUUACGAAGUAAAACAAAUAAAAAAAUUAGAUAUUCAUAAUAUACAAAGCAAAUCACAAAUAGCUUCAAAAACCCGGAUAUCCAAUCCGUGCCCAGGCCUAUUAAAUACAAUAUUUAAUUCUUAUAUAUCUGACCUCUCAACUGUACAACUAAUAUUUUUUUGUGUUAAUUCAUGAAACUACAUCUUGGGAAUAUAUAGGACCGAAUGUUUUUUCGUAUGUGUAAAGAUAAAGAAUAUAUCAAGAAAAACUAUAUAGUAUGUUAUAGGUUAAAAACGGUGACGCAAGCGUGCGUUUGACUCUGUCUUUAAAACCACCACCACUCACUUCCUUCCCCCACCUUUCACUUAACACAACAAUAGCAUCAUCAUCUCUAACUUUAUUUUCCCGCAUUUUCUCGUCUGAUUCUUUUUUUAUCGAAACGAUGGGGAGAGAUGAAACCGAGACGUACAUUACGGUGCCUACCUUCUUCAAGUGUCCGAUAUCUCUCGACGUGAUGAGAUCUCCCGUUAGUCUCUGCACCGGCGUCACCUACGAUCGUCCAAGUAUCCAGCGGUGGCUCGACGGAGGCAACAACACUUGUCCCGCCACUAUGCAGAUUCUCAAAUCAAAGGAUUUCGUUCCUAACCUCACUCUCCAACGGCUUAUCAAAGCCUGGUCCGACUCAGUCGGUAGUUCCGCCGCUGGCUCCCCGGAUCCGGCGUCUGCUCGAGGAAUCCCGACGAAGGAAGAAGUGAAUGAGUCGUUAAUGAGACUGAGUCAAGCGAAGGACGACGAGAUUCGUCUCGAGAUUCUAUCGAGAAUCGUUCGGUUCGUUAAGGAUUCAGAAGCGAGCAGAGAGUUUCUCUCCGGGAGAGAGGAUCUCGUACCAAUGCUCGUCGAUAUCGUCUCCGCCGUGAAGACGGCGAAGAUCAAGCUAGCUUUUAUAGCGAUUAAGAUUUUGGAUACUAUAAUCAAGAAAGGUAACGAGGGAGAUCGAGAACGGUUAUCGAAACUGAUGUUGUUGACCAACGGUGCCGAUUGCUUGACGGCGAUUCUCCUCGCGAUUCAGCGCGGGGAUCUAGAAUCGAAGAUCGAAGCCGUUAGUGUUUUGGAGGUUAUCUCAUCAUACGACGCGAAAUCGAAGAUGAUGAUCGCAGAGCGCGAGGGGAUUCUAACGGAGCUAAUCAAAUCAAUCAGCACAGAGUCGGAUCCUAAUUUGAUGGAAACGAGUUUAUCAUUCAUGAUAACAAUCUCGAAAUCGAAACGAGUGAGAUCGAAACUAAUCGCCGCGAAAACGAUCACGAAGAUCAAAGACAUUCUCAUGACGGAGGAGACGAUAAGCGUCGCGGUGACGGAGAAGUCUCUGAAGCUGUUGGAGAUACUAUCGUCAAAGCGAGAAGGUAGAUCGGAGAUUUGCGGCGGUGGAUGCGUGGAGGGAGUGGUGAAGAAACUGUUGAAAGUAUCGACGACGGCGACGGAGCACGCCGUGACGAUUUUGUGGUGUCUGUGCCACGUGUUUAAGGAAGAUAAGACGGUGGAGGAGACGGUGGAGAGAAGUAACGGCGUGACGAAGCUGUUAGUGGUGAUUCAGAGCAACUGCUCGCCGAUGGUGAGACAAAUGGCGAAAGAUCUGAUAAAGGUUUUGAAGGUCAAGUCAUCUGCUUCCGCUUUGGCUGCCUACGAGACCAAGACCACACAUAUUAUGCCAUUUUGAUUUUUGGUAUAAUAAAUCUUUUCAGUGGAGUAUAUGUCACAAUCAACUGUUUUGAAUGUAGAUUUCGUGUAAAUCAUUUUUGCUAGUGUGAUCAAUUUUACUAGUAUUCAAUUUUUA